CGGGAAUCGCCAUCUUGUGAACCACAUGACCUCGUUGCCGUGUCCCGUGACCAGCUCACGUGAAUUUUGACAAAUUCAAACGUUUUUGGUAGAAAAAAAAUGGAUAUUUUGGAGCAGCAUCUCGAACAGCAGGAUGUCAGGAGAACCUGUUGGGGAAGAUGGAAUGCGUUACCAAGAAGCUCUUGCAUAUAGAGUAGUUCAAGUAAAUGGCACCACUGCUGGCAAUGAGAUAGAACUGCCAGUUACUCAACCAGGAAGUAAUACUGUACAGGUUCUAACAUCUCCGUUAAAUGGCCAGUUCUAUGUUAUUGGAAAUGCCAACGAUGUUUUCACUACUGCUCAGACAUCUAGAUCAUUGGUUCCCAGGACCACUACUCUACAAAUAGAGACACCAAGAAAUUGUACUACUGUUUUAAAAAAGAGAGAUGACAGAAGACGAGCCACUCACAAUGAAGUUGAACGUCGACGAAGAGAUAAAAUAAACAAUUGGAUUGCAAAAUUGGGAAAAAUUAUUCCCGAGUGCAAUGCAGGUGCAAAUGGUAGCAGCGGCAGUGGCAGUGGUGAAGGAAAGGCAAAUUAUGAAACUCAGAGUAAAGGUGGAAUUUUAUCAAAGGCCUGUGAAUAUAUAACGGAAUUAAGAACAGCCAAUCAAGGACUGGGUCAAUGCUUACGCGAUAAUGAAAAACUGCGGCAAGAAAUAACUGCUUUGAAACAACUCGUAACACAAUUAAAACGCGAGAAUCUUCAGCUCAGGUCACAAAUAUCAUCCUCCACUGGAACGAAUGUUGAUAUCGUUCAUUUGAGUCCUUAAAAAAUUAUUAGUUUUUAAUGCUAUGCUUCUUUUGUAAAUAUUAGGAUAUACAGUUUGAUCGCAUAGUGGUCAGAAGUAUUUACUCUUAUAAUUUUUGGUUUUAUAGAAAUUACACCAAAUUUCAUGUUAAAAUUUUGUUGUUUGGGAUAUUGCACGGUCCUAAUGGUAUGGUCAUGUAUACUUCUGCCUCUAACAAAUAAUCUUACUUAUAUCUAAAUUAUACAUUUUUCUUUGAUGUUUAACAAAUUGCUUCAAAUUUAAUAUUUAAAUACGUUGAACUAUUAAGACCUCGAUUGUAUAUUCAUGAACAUACCAUGGAUAACAUUUGCUAAUUAUUAAAUGCUGGUGAAGUUGUGACUAUUCUUUGUAGGGUUUACGAACAAAGAAAUUUAUUUUUAUGUAUGUAUGUGUACUGAAUUGAAUUACCUCGUGUACGUUGAACGAGCCAAGGCUGUGAAUAUUGAGCAUUGAUUUGGAACUUUCGAAUAUAAUUUUAAACAAUAUAACCACAGUUAAUUUCAAAAUUGAAACAGAAAGAACAUUUAGUUGUAAUAUAAACAAAAAGAAUGCGAUGAAAAUUAUACAUAUAUGACAAUUACAUCUUUACAAAAAUCGUUAAAUAUUUUUUAUUUUUAAUAAUGUUUUAACAAAUGUAGAGUAGGUACUUCGUAAAAAAAAAGAUCUAGAAACUGAGAAUGUAAUAUAGAUUAAUCGUACACGUAUUGAUAUGUAUGUAUAUUUAUACAUAUACAUAUAUACAUACAUAUGUA